UGCGUGAUGACGUUGUUGAAAAAAAAUAGAACGUGUGUAAACGGAAAUGGUGAAUUGUUGUGGACAGUACACGUUGUGGGGCGAGAGAGGAGAGAAAUGGGACAAAAUCAGACUCCGUCCUAAUGUUUUGCUCAGCGCUGCCGUGUGAGGUAGAAGAAGCCUGAAGAGAAUCGACGCUAACGCAGACCUGCUGGCUGGGAGCUAGCAACCAGCAGAGGAAGCAGCCAUGGCUGAGGCCGGAGCCCAUCUCACAUCCACGGCUGUCAGUGAGCAGCCGUCAGUGUUUGAAGUCCUGGCACAGGAGUCUUUGAUGGAGGCGGUCAGACCGGCACUGAAGCAUGCAGUCAAGGUUCUGGCAGAGUCCAACCCAUCCCGCUUUGGCUUCCUGUGGCGAAGCUUUGAUGAGCUGUACCUGCUGCUGGACCUCCUCCUUCAGAACCACUUCCUGUCUAACUGCAGUGCCUCCUUCUCUGAGAACUUCUACGGACUGAAAAGAGUUUCAGGCAGGCAGAGACUUCCUGUGCGCCUCGGGAUGACCAGGGCAUCCCGCUGGUGGUCUCUUCUUCUUCUGUGCCUGCUGCCAUACCUGCAGGCCAAGCUGGAGGCCAAGUUGGCACGGCAAAGGGAUGAGGAGGAUUUCUCCAUCCGGCUGGCGCAGACGAGGAGCCAGAGGCUGUACCGGGCGGCCGUAGCAGCAUACCCGUACGUCAGCUCAGCCUGGCAGACCUGGAUCUUCUGUCAGCAGCUGCUGUUUGUCUUUGGAGUCUCCAGGACCCACAGUCCUCUCCUGUGGCUGGCCGGGGUCAGACUGGAACGACUUAAUGCUCAAGAUAUCAGAGAUAUGGAGCGGAAUGCCAGGACUCCCGGGAGACCAGCUGGUGGAAGCCUGAUGCAGAGAGCGUGGUGGAUGAUGUCACAAGCAGCGAGGGGCAUGGCUGUGUCUGUCUCCUCUUCCCUCUCUAUGGGGGUUUUCUUCCUGCAGUUCCUGGAGUGGUGGUACUCGUCUGAGAACCUCAGCACAGUGAAAGCUCUCACCUCCCUGCCUGCUCCUCCGCCCCCGCUCCACCUGCAGCAGGAUCAGACCGGGCUGGGCUCAGAAAGCAGGAACUGUUGUCUGUGCAGGAAGCCCCACACCAAUGCCACCGUGCUGUCCACCUCGGGCUUUGUGUUCUGUUACCGCUGCAUUUACACAUACGUGAAAAGUAACCACCGCUGCCCGGUCACCGGAUAUCCCACCGAACUGCAACACCUCAUCAAGAUCUACUCACCAGAGAGCUAAAGCAGUCAAAGCAGACAAGUUCAACUGUGAGUGUGUGAGAGAGAGAUGAUAAACAGACACAAUAUGAAAAAUAUAUUUGAGGGAUAUUCACAGCUGUUUUCAUUUUUCUAUACAAUAAACUGUAAUAAUGUCCUUAAAGUUUCCGAAAAAACUAAUACAGUAAUUAAUUUUUUUUACUAAUUUUCAGCUCUUAUCAAAGUGAAAAUUGAACGAUUCAAUAAUAAAGCCUAAAAAAAAAAAUCUAA